AAUAAUAAAAUUCGCAUAAAAGAAUCAUAGAAAUCUGAAAGACUCUGAAAUCUGAAAUCAAGGACAUUUAAAGCAAGUAAAAAUCACAAACAAUCAAUAAAUCCACCAAAAUCACCGAAAUCACCAGGCACUAAAAUCUGUUGCAAGGCCAUUCCACCACCAAACCCCCAUCACCCCCCGCACGCAGUGAAUCAUAACUGCGUAGCCAUGCCACAGUCCGUGCUUAAAUGGCGUCUUCAAUAUUAGCCCAAAGCCAGAGCACAGGAGGCGGUAACGUCGACAGCAGCAACAGCAGCAGCAUUGUCCAUCCUACUGUGGCAGGGGCAACAUCUGUGGCAGCAGCCGUGUCCGGAUUGCACAAUACACACUUGAAUCAGCUGAGCAGCCUCAGUCAGCACUAUACAGCGCCAUACCAUCAUCAUUACCACGCACAGCAGCAGCAGCACCAACACCAGCAGCAGCAGCAGCAGCACUACCAGCAACAGCAGCAGCAACAGCAGCAACAUUGGGAGUACUAUGAGAGGCAGCAGCAACAGACAGCGGCCGCCACAAGCUCCAACAAUCAGCAGACAAGCAACGGGAACAACAACGAGACAACGGUUCCUGCGCCUUUGGGCAGCAGCAGCAACAACAACAACGGUAGCAGCAGCGGCAACGGUCAUGCUAGUGCUGCCAAUGGCCAUGACCAUGCCCAUUCUGGUGGGCACAAUGAUGCCAAUUCUAAUGCCAUUUCCGCCGCCACCACCGGAGGAGGAGUAGGUGGCACCAGCACCAACGCCAACACAAACGCCAACUCAAACUCCAAUUCGAAUUCCAACGGAAGCUAUACACGUCCGUGGGAAAUGGAGUCCAAGGAUAGCGGACAACAGACGCAAUCCCAAAACCAAAACCCAAACCCAAACCAAACCCAGAGCCAAACGCAUCUCCAGCAGCAACAGCAGCAGCAGCUGCCAUUGAAGAGCGGCUUCGAGCCAUUUUCCAAGCUGCCAUCGUUCCAGAGUCAGUUUCAUGGGUUCAAUGAUCAGCUGAUGCCGGAUGGGACUCCCAUGCCCAUCCCUAUGGCAGCAGCAGCAGCAGCAGCGGCAGCGGCCGCUGCAGCAGCCGCAGGAGGAGGAGGAGGAGCGGGUGGAGCACCACCGAUGAGCUCCCUCCAAACGGUGGCCAUGUCGCCGGCCAGCAUCUCUGUGAGUUCUCCGGGAAUGAUGAGCGUGGGAUCGCCACUAACGGCCCAGCUGCCGGGCUCCAUGCAGACGAGCAUUACGCCGCCAUCGGGUGGGUCCAGUUUUCCGGCUCCACCGCCGCCGAAUGCCUUCCAUCAUCAUGCCCUGAAUCCGCACCAUCAUCGUGGGGCCGGUGGAUAUCCCCUGGUGCCGGCUCCAGCGGCUGCCUACGCGGAUCUCCAGCUAUACACGGGAUUUGCACCGCUAAUCAAGAAGGAGCCGGGGGGAGGCAGCACCGAUUUCGAUAUGCUGAUAAAGAAGGAGGACUUUGAUCUCAGCAACAGUGGUGGUGGCAACAGCCUCAGCCACUUGCCGCAUCCGCAUCCACAUUCGCUCCAGCAUCCGCAUGCACAUCCGCAUGGUCAUCCGCUGGUGAAGAAGGAGCCGGCCACCGAUUUCGAGAUGAUGCUGAAGAAGGAAUCCUUUGAUCUCGGCAAUAGCCAUGGCCAUGGCCACGGCCACCUGCCGCAUCCGCAUCCACAUACACAUCCGCUCCAGCAUCCGCAUUCGCAUGGACAUGGUGUCACGCCCAUGGGCAUGCAUACGCCCACGUCGUACGAUGGCAACAAUAGCAACAGCUAUCCACAUGCCACCACCACAGGAUCGAGCAGCACCGGGAGCCACACACCCCACACGACACAGCCGCACACGCCCACGCCCUCGCACACGCCCAUGCCUACGACAACCACGCCCAUCAAGGUGGAGAAGCUGCUGCAGUCGCCGAUAGCACGGCUGGAGGCGCGAAAGAAGGAGCGGCGGAAACAGCGGCCCAAUUCGCUCGAGUCCAGCGCCGAGAGUGAGGCCAGCGGCAUGGACGUGGACCCCAGCAAUCCUGGCCAAGUGGACGCCGUCUCCAGCACGGCCAAUUUCAAGAGUCCGCUGAGCGCCCUCGGUAUGGGCGACAGCAACGAUGGCAAUGCCCAUGGAUGCGAUAAACAGGAUUAUGGUCAUCGCCACCACCACCAUUGCCUCCACCACCACCCACAUCCGCAAACCCAACCACUUGUCUCACCUGCCCCCGUCACCGUCACUGCCACUGCCAUGAUCCACCCACCACCCACCAAUACCAAUACCGAUACCAACACCAACCACUCCACAACCAACGACAACAACUCCUCUUCCUGCUCUCUCUUUCAGUCAAAGAAGAAGCGCAAGCGCUGCGGCGAAUGCGUUGGUUGCCAACGCAAGGACAAUUGCGGGGAGUGCGCCCCCUGCCGGAACGACAAGAGCCAUCAGAUCUGCAAGCAGCGACGCUGUGAAAAGCUCACCGAGAAGAAGGAACCCAAAGCCAAAACCAUAAUCUAUGGGGCCGAUGGUCAGCCCGUUCGACCCGAUUCGAAACGCGGCCGUGGCAAGGGAAAGUCAGCCGGAAACGGGAAUAAUGCUGGUGCCAAUGCCACAGGAAUCAAUGCCGCAGGCAAUGGGACACCAACAACUGGGUCACGCGCCCGCAAAACCUCCACCAAAGCAAAUAAACUGAGUGCAGCCGCUGCAUCAGCCACAUCGCCCCGUCUAAGUCCAUCGCCGGCAGCAACACUGUUGCCGCAGCAAUCGCCAAAUACAACAACAGCAACAGUUGCAGCCACCGCUGGAGUAGGAGUUGGAGGAGGCAGCUUGCAGCAGCAACAUCAAUCGCAACAGCAGCAACAAUACCAGCAGCAUCAGCAACUGUUGACACAGCAGCAACUAUUGUCGCAACAGCAACAGCAGCAGCAGCAAUAUCCGCAGCAGCAGCAGCAGCACUUCCAGCAGCAGCAGCAGCAACACUUGCAACAGCAACACGCACAGCUGCAGCAGCAUCAGGCGCAGCAGCAGCAGCAACAACAUUUGCCACAGCAGCAGCAUCAGAUAACAGCACAAAUUCAAACCAUGAAGGAUCAACCGCAACAGCCAAUGGCACCUAUGGCCUUCUAUCCCACGUGGCAGGCGGAUCCGUCGCAGGGCUGGCAGAACCAGUUCAUACAGCAGAUACCACAGAACACCCCGGCCAUUACAUCGCUCAAUUCGCUGGACUUCCAGACGCAGUCGUACGCCUACCCCUCCAACGGCUACGUGCAGACGGGCCUGGGCUUCGAUCCCAACUACGGCCGCUCGCCGUACGCCGCCCCUGUGCAGCGGUACGACUUCCAGAGCCAGCAGCUCUCCACGGCCCCCUCGGCCAUCAAUCAGGUGGGGCUCCAGAGUGUCGCCGGAUUUGCGCCGGGCAGCGUCAGCUACGCCGGACAGGUGUCCACGGCCCCGGCACCGCCCUCGUCCUCCGUGGGAGUGGGUGGACUGCAGCAGCAGCAGCAGACGCAACAGCAGUCCCAGCAGCAGCACCUGGGCGCCGAUCUGAACAAGACGAUGUCGGGAAACGACACGCCUGGAUAUCCGCGGGUGAGCAGCGUGCCGCCGCGCUCACUCAACUGUAACGGGUAUUCAGGCGACUACAGCGGCCCCAACAGCAACAACAACAGCAGCAGCAGCAGCAGCAACAACAGCAGCAGCAACAACAGCAGCAGCAGCAAUCCCAGCAACAACAAUCAGCAAGCGACGGCAGCGGGCGCCGGGGGCACCAGCACGCCCGCCCCACCAGCCACAGUGGCCCAGCCCGCCUCGUCGCCCAUGCAACCACUACCCAAUCAAGGCCAACCCCUGGCAGUGCCCCAAAGUCCGACGCGGACCAGCCUCAUCCAGCAGCAGCAGCAGCCACGCCUCGUGACCCAGUCGCCCACUGGCAACGGACUGCAGCCUUAUGUGGCGCCCCAACAACAGCAGCAGCAGCAGCAGCAGGGACACCUCUCCUCGCCCCCGAUGCAGGACUGGAACUGGCAGCAGCAGCAGCAACAGCAACAACAGCAGCAGCAGCAGCAACAGCUGGGAGGCGAAGGCUAUCCACAGGGAGAGCGAGUGCACCUUAACACACGCAUCAAGUCCAUGAUCAUGCGGAAGAGCGAUCCCAAGGAUCCGCCGCCCGACCACCAGCUGCAGGGCGGAGUCUCGGCGGCAGCCGCCAGCCAGCCGCAGAGCCAGAGCCAGCAGCAGCAGCAACACCAGCAGACCGGUCAUUUUUUAUCGUAUAGCCACCACCUCCGGCCCGAGGCGGCGCUGAGCGCCAACGGACCGAGCAGCGCCCCACCCCACCAACAGCAGCAGCAACAACAGCAGCAGCAGCAGGCGGCGGGGGGACCGGGCGCUGCCGAGCCGAUCGGAGGUGGUGGCGACCACAUCUGGAAGCCGCACCACGCCCAGUCGUUUAAGAAGCCGACUGUGGUCGGGGGCGGCUAUCCGGGAGCGGAUGCCCAGCUGCAGUUGCAGCUGCAGCAGCACCAGCCAGGACAGCACACGACCAUCAGCCACGCAGAGCUGCCGCCGCAGCCGGUGCCACCGGUGCCACUGCCGCUGGCACAGGCCCCGCCACCGCCUCCGCCUGUCGCACAGCCCAAGAAGUCGCGCAGUCGGAGCAAGGCGAGCCGGGCAGCAGCCGCAGCGGCAGCCGCCGCGGAGGCGGCAGCGGAGAUUGACAGAGACAGAAAUGCCACGGAUCCGGGGGGUGGAUUGAAGCCCGGCCUCGGCGCCCACUAUCCGCACCCGCAUCCGGCCGCGGGGCAGGAGUACCACGGCCAGUACAUCAAGACGGAGCCGGGUCUGCCCCCGCCACCAGGCGGUCCUCCCGGACAGCCCAACAAGAUGGAGGGCUACGAACGCAACUACCAGAACUUUAUCCAGUACGCGGACUUCUGCCAGAACGACGGCCAGGGGCAGCCCGUGCAGCAGCACGGACAUGGCCAUGGCCACGGCCACGGACAUGGGCACGGCCACGGGCAUGGGCAUGGGCACGGGCAGCAGGAGUACGCCGGAUACCAUCACAACUCGGCGUACUACGGGGCCGGAGCGAGCAGCUUCCAACAGAACUUCCAGCAGAACUUUGUGCCCGGCUACCAGCACUCGACGUACGGUGGCAGGGGCAAGCCGCCACCCGGCAACAAUCCGCACCAUGGCCACGGGCACGGCCACGGGCAGAGCAUGCUGGAGCUGGACCGCAAGCCGGACACCAACAGCAUCAUCCCGCUGCCCACCAACUACGAGAAGGACAUACCAGCCCACGCCUACCCCAUUCCCCCGCAUCGCUAUGCCCUGACGCACGGGGCGCCGCCGCAUCUCAGUCACCACGGGAUGCUGGAGCCGAAGCUGGAGGACAUGGGAAUGCUGGGCCACGGCCACGGGCAUGGCGGCGGCGGGUAUACCUAUCUGGGCGACGGCAAGCCGCUGAACAACGGCUUCUCGUGCUGUCGCCAGGGCGGAACACGGCCACCCACGGCCGAGCAUCUGAAGGACGGCACCUGCCUGGGUCUGGGCAUCCAGCCCAAGGAGGAGCUGCUGGACGAGGACGAGCUGGUGGACGCGCACAACGGCAUGAAGGGCGCCGCCAGCAAGGCAAAGGGCAAGCAGAAGCCGGACGAGAUACCCGAGAUCAUCGUGAAGCACGAGAAGAUCAAUCCCCUGUUCGACACCACGGAUCGCCUGGAGAAGGGCAACAAGACGGAGAUACCCGAGUGCGAGUGCUUCCAGUCCGACAAGAAUCCCCCCGAGCCGGGCACCUACUACACGCACCUUGGAACGGCCUCCUCCCUCAUGGAGUUGCGGCGCGAGUUCGAGGAUCGGUGUCAGCUGACGGGCCGGCAGUUGCGCAUCGAGAAGAUCGUCUACACUGGCAAGGAGGGCAAGACCUCGCAGGGCUGUCCCGUGGCCAAGUGGGUCAUACGCAGGGCCGAUCUCGAGGAGAAGAUACUGGUGGUGGUGAAGAAGCGACCGGGUCACAGAUGCAUCGCCGCUUACAUUGUGGUCUGCAUGGUGGCCUGGGACGGUAUGCCGCGUCUGGAGGCGGACAAUGCCUACAAGAACCUGAUCCCCAAGCUCAACAAGUACGGCCUGCCCACGACGCGACGCUGCGCCACCAACGAGAACCGCACCUGUGCCUGCCAAGGACUCGAUCCGGAGUCAUCGGGGGCGUCGUAUAGCUUCGGUUGCUCGUGGUCGAUGUACUACAAUGGCUGCAAGUACGCCCGCUCCAAGACGGUGCGCAAGUUCCGGCUGUCGGUGAAGAGCGAGGAGGCGGCCAUCGAGGACCACAUGAACCUGAUAGCCACGCUCCUGGCGCCCGUCUUCAAGCAGGUCUGCCCGCGAUCCUACGACAAUCAAACCAAGUACGAGGGAGAGGCCUCCGACUGCCGCCUCGGCCUGGAGCCCGGCAAGCCCUUCUCGGGCGUAACGGCCUGCCUCGACUUCUGCGCCCACUCGCAUCGGGAUCUGCAUAAUAUGCAGGACGGGUGCACAGUCCAUGUGGCACUGCUGAAGCCGGGCAACCGGGACAACCGCCUGCCCGACGACGAACAGUUCCACGUGCUGCCCCUCUACACGAUGGACGGCACGGACGAGUUCGAGAGCAUCGAGGGUCAGCGGGACAAGCACCGCACCGGAGCGGUGCAAAUGCUGGACAAAUUCCCCUGCGAAGUACGCGUCCGAUCCACGCCGCUGAUCCCCUGCCGCCGCCACGGAAAGAAGCGCAAAGAGGGCGACGAGGCGGCCCCACCGGAUGGCGACCAAGACGCCGCCGGAGAUGCCAACAGCCAGAGCAGCUCCAGCAACGGAGGAGGCCAGACGCAGACGCAGUCCCAGCAGAGCAGUCCGCCCGCCCUGGGUGGGGCGCACAUCAAGAAGGAGAACGGAACGGGCACGGGCGGGCCCGGCAGUGCCAAUGGCGCAGCAAGUGGCGCCAAGUCCAAGUCCAAAGCCAAGUCCAAUCAGUCCAACAACUCCAGCGCCUCCACGCCGGGUUCGGCGCCCCCCUCGACGCCCUCGCCCCGCUGCCAGACCCCAGUGACGAACAAUCCCAGUCCGGCGGGCAGUGCCUUCAGCACGCCGCCCGUGCACGGCGCCAAUCCGAAUGCCAGCAAUGGCGCGCCGGGAGUCGGGCAGGUGGGGGCACCGCCAGGAGCUGCAGGCACCGGACAGCAGCAGCAGCCCGGCCAGCUGAUGAGCUCCAACUCGAGCCUGAUGAACAUGGCCACCAUGAUAGACACCUUCACGGACGCCCAGCUGCAGUCCAACCAGAUCUCGAGCACCGUCCUGGACUCGCCCUACUCCUACGACUACCAGACGGGCUCCUACAUCGACUCGCGCAACUACUACGGCAACUGGCCGGCGCCGCACGCCAUGGGCAUGGGCGCCCAGCCCGGACCACCGGGAGUGGGAGGAGCCCCAGCCGGAGUGGCUGGUGUUCCGCCCCUCACGCCAAACACGCCAACGGCACAGCCCCAAUUGACGGCACAGCAGCACAACACUGUGACGCCGCCAACGGCCACCGCCGCACCCACAAUUCUGGCAGUGGGUGGAGGAGGAGCGCCCGCCACAGGGCCACCUCCGAUCACGCCCACUACGACGGCCUCGCAGCACGAUGCGACCAACGGGUAUGUGCCCAGCUACAACAACCUGACCCCCACAGCGGUUACCAAUCUGGCGGGCACGGGUCCGAGUACGGACAUACAGCAGCAGCAGCAACAGCAACAGCAGCAACAACAGCAACAGCAGCAGCAGCAGCAGCAGAGCGCCGUAGCAGUGGGAGGAGUGCCACCCGGAGUGGGUGUUGGAGUGGGGGGAGUCGUGGAGGGAGUGGAAGGGCUGAAGGGCCGGAUGAUCAGCGAGGAGAAUCCGGACUCGACGACCCUGGUGAACCACAGCCUUGUGGCCGAGAAGGGAUUCGUCAAGCCGAAGCCGCCGCCCAGCGACUACCAGUACACGGCGCAGUACGCCAACAACUACCAGAUGUACCCGCCGCCGCCGCCACCCCCGCACUCGGCGUACUCCGCCUACGAUGCGUACCAGAACAUGAACUACAACUACGGCUACCACCACCAGGCGUACUCGCCGUACGGCAUGUACCCGCCGCAGCAGACGCCUCCGCCCACGCCGCCACCGCCGUCGCCCAACUGGAACGUGUACGGCCACCAUCAGACCGGAUCCGGCUACGGAGCGGCGAAUCCGGCCGCCGGAGGAGGUGGCACGCUGAUAGCUUCGCACGGGGCCGUUGCGCCGACGAUCGCAGGACUGCAGAAGCCCUCGAUCACGGCGCCCACACCACUGCACCACCAGCAGCAUCAGCAGCAACAGCAGCAGCAGCAUCAGCAGCAGCAGCUGGCGGCAACGCCGCCGCAGACCAUUCUGCCGGAUCUCAGCAACGGAGCUGUGGGCGCUGUCGGCCAGAUGGGAACGGUGCCCACGGUGGAGCCCACAGUGGCGACGCCAUUGGCGGUGCCGCCACCCGGUGACUCGACGGGCAGCGAUGCCAAUGGCGGUGGGUCGGUGGGAGGAUUGGGUGGAACGGGAGGGGGUGCAAGCGGACCCACGGGCCCGACAGCAUCGCCGGUCAGCACCAACUCGAGCAAGAUCGAGCCCAUCGGCGAGGUGGCCGAGAUCAAUGAGAACAUCGAGGCCUUCCAGGAUCCCCAGAUGGGGGGCGUGGCCAUCGCCUUGAACCACGGCAGCGUCCUGAUCGAGUGCGCCAAGCACGAGAUGCAUGCGACGACGGCUGUGCGGCGGCCGGACCGCCACCAUCCGACGCGGAUGACGCUGAUCUUCUACCAGCACCGCAACCUGAAUCGCCUCCGGCACGGCAUCGACGAGUGGGAGGAGAAGAUGCGGGUGAAGAAGAUCAACACGGACCUCGACAACAAAGCCAAAGAGGAGCGCGAGCGUCUGCUGAAGAAGGCCGCCGGCGAGGACGACGACCUGGACCUGGACGAUGCGAUGCUCGGCCACGAUGAGCUGGCCCCCGUGCCGCCCUCCGCCAUCAAGAAGGAGAAUGGACAGCCGCUGAAGAACGGAGCCAGCGGCAGCAAGAAGAAGAAGAGCAGCGCCGAUGCGAGCGCCAAGAAGUCACAGUCGAACGAACAGCAGCCAAAAAACGAGAAAGUUGCCCUCCACGUACCAACACUAACGACCACGUCGUGGACGACCCUGUUUCCUAUGCAUCCUUGUGUGGUUACGGGGCCCUAUCAGGAGGGCAAUAGCAGUCCGACUUCGUCCACGAAUGGCAGCAACAACGCCAGCGCCAAUGGCAAUGGGAAUGGCCAGGGUGGCCAGGCUCCCACGCCAGGAGCGGGGCAGCAGCAGCAGCAGCCGCCGCUGCAGCAGCAGCAGCAGCAGACCUGAACCGGCUGUCCGCCUAUCAGCGGCUCAGCAGAUCCUUCUACUGGUAAUCAUCAGCAUCAGCAUCAGCACCAGCAGCAUCAUCAUCCUCAGGGGCAGCACUCCCCGCAACUGGAUCCAACGGGUGCUGUUCCAAUUCCAGUUCCACUGCUGCCCCAAGCACCGCUGCUCUAAUCUUAAGUCCCACACAAUGACUGAAAAUUCUCUCAAAGCAAAACCCAGUAAAUUAUUUUUGUAUAUGCGUCUGAUUUCGUGUGCCAUACGAGGAGGAGAAGGGAGAGAGGAGAAGGGAGAGUAGAGAGCAGAGAGCAGAAGAGCAAGUUGGAUGAAUACGAAAGAGAGUUGGCGCUGCCAGUCCACCAUUCCACAGCACACACACACACACACACACACAAAGCCCAAGCUACACUGAAUGAAAAUAAACCACAAGAACAUGCAGCUAGUUUAAUAAAUCUAUCAACUUUAGUUUCUUAAGCCAACGACAACAGGAGCAGCCGUUGUCCACAUGUGUUACGAGUAAAUUAGUUAUUUUUGUCUAUGUUUAAACUUUAAAGGAAUGAAAUGGAGUGAAAACAAAACGAAACGAAACUUAACGAAACAAUCACACUACAAACA